AUGUUUGCUCGACUGAGUGUUUUCUAUGAUGGGAUUUUGCUAGCUGAACUUCAAGUGAAACCUACAUGGAAUGAUCAGAUCAAAGAUAAACAGAUAGGGGACAAGUCUCCUGAGUUGCGUUUCCGGCCAAUCGCCUAUCAAUUGGAGCUACCUCCGGAGUUGGAUAGGAUUCACGAUGUGUUCCAUGUCUCUUUGUUAAGGCGCUACCGCUCUGAUCCCAAGCAUAUUGUGCCUGUUAAAGAAAUUGAGGUUCGACCAAAUCUGACCUUUGAGGAGGAGUUGGUUCAGAUUCCGGAUCACGAUGUUAAAGUUCUGAGGAGGAAAUCCAUUCCAUUAGUGAAGGUGCUAUGGAAGGAUCAUAACACUGAGGGGGCUACGUGGGAGCCUGAGGAUACGAUGCGUCAGCAGUAUCCUUACCUGUUCUGA